UUCCCUUUCCCUUCUCCUUCCAUAUCCCUCCUUUCCUCUUCUCUCUCUCUCUGUUUACGCCUCAUUCCUUAUUAAUCUUUGUCUCUCUUGGUUGGAUCUCUAGGGUUUUCUCCGGCGCUCAGAUCUCCCCCGUUCUAACUCUUUAGAUCCAGAUUCUCCUCCUUUUUAUGUAGGUAAAACACACAUAUCAAGUGCUAGAGUCAAGAUCACAAAAAAGUUGUAUCGGGUGAUCUGGGCUGGGCUGCUCUUUUACUGACUCUCCUUUUUUUAUAAGCUGUGAGCUAUGAGUUGUUGCUAAUCUUUAAAAACAAUAUUGGUUAUGGAGAGAAGGCACAUCUACUGCAGUUGCUGCAUCCAUGCUGGUAGAGAGCAUGCGUGGAUACUGUCUUAUGGGUGAUGCCCCUGACAAAAUUAGUUCCCGAUGCAUUCGGCGUCCUCACCAUCUGUUUAGUCGCUCUGCUUAUUCUUCUCGGUCUCCUCUGCAUCGCCUACUCCUUCUACUUCCAUUCUCACGCUCGUAAGCAAGGCUUUAUUCAGCUUGGCUACUUCACCGGUCCUUGGAUUGUCCGUAUCACUUUCAUUCUCUUCUCCUUCUGGUGGGCUGUUGGUGAGAUCUUCCGGCUGAGUUUGUUUAGGCGUCACACUAGGCUGCUCAGCGGCUUGGAUCUCAGAUGGCAAGAAAACGUCUGCAAGUGGUACAUCGUUUCCAAUCUUGGGUUUGCCGAGCCUUGCCUCUUUCUCACACUCAUGUUUCUUCUGCGAGCUCCUUUGAAGAUCGACUCUGGGGCUUUGAGUGGCAAAUGGAACAGGAACACUGCCUGUUACAUUAUUCUUUAUUCUCUACCCAUGCUUGCUCUUCAACUUGCGCUUGUUUUAUCCGAGUCACGCCUAAACGGUGGUUAUGUUAAGCUAUCAAGCCACUUCACUAGAACCUAUUCCCAAGUUACUAUUGAUCAUGCUGAGGUUGCGUUAUGCACCUAUCCUCUACUGAGUACCAUCAUCCUCGCUGUGUUUGCAGCCGUACUAACAGCUUACUUGUUCUUGCUUGGAAGGCAGAUACUGAAACUGGUCAUCAAUAAGCGUCUGCAGAAGAGGGUACACACUUUGAUAUUCUCUGUCUUUAGUUUCCUUCCGUUGAGGAUCGCUAUGCUCUGUUUGUCGGUACUCGCAAAAGCAGACAAGAUUGUGUUCGAAGCCCUUUCCUUCUUAGCCUUCUUGUCCCUCUUCUGCUUUUGCGUGGUUUCCAUUUGCUUGCUUGUCUACUUCCCGGUUUCAGAUUCAAUGGCCCUAAGAGGUCUAAGGGACAUGGAUGAAGAUGAUAGUAGGGGUGUGACUGAAGAACGCAGUGGUGCUCUGUUGCUUGCACCACAUAACGAGGAUAGCUUGAGCUUAAGAGGUCGAAGAUCUUCCUCACAGGAGAGGUAUGUGGAACUCAGCCUAUUUCUUGAAGCUGAGAACUAAAUUUUUCGGAAGGCUGUUUCUUUGGCUUUUGGCUAUGUUCAUGUACAAAUUCCUGGUGAAACAGUUAAAGACUUAAGUUUGCGCAAAAAGGCAUAAUUCAGUUUUGUGGCAAAGACACUUCGACUGUAAAGGAGGGUUUGGGGGAUUUAACUCUUGUGAGGGUUUGUUGUUUGAAACGUUUUCUGCUUGAUGGAUAAUAUUUUUGUACCUUUAUCAUGUUGAUCAGUUUUGAUUUAGAAAAACAAAACACAAAACACAAAACUAAUCAGUUUACGCUCUCAUUCUUCA